ACGUCAUCAGGAAAGACCACGCUUUGCGAUACGUUGGCAGACUGUGUUGGUCUGCGAGCGCCUUCGCACAUUGAGGAGGUAGCUAGGACUGUGAUGAAGAAUACGAGCUUCUCCAGGACGGAUAUACAUAAGUUGGAGAUGCAGCUCGCGAUCAUGGAGGAGCAGACUCGCGCGGAAACGAGAGGGAAGGAGACCGUCGCCCGCGGCGAAGCACAGUUCCUUUUGAGCGACCGGUGUGUUAUAGAUGCUCUUGUCUAUACCAUCUUAGCUGCGACGUCGGAAGAGGAGGCGAGCCGGCGAUGGGAAAUCGUCGUCAGUUCUGCGAUGUUCCCCCACGCUUUGGCUUCCUAUCAAGAUGCAGUUGUCAUCCUUUGUGCUCACCUCACUCUCUGUGAGCUUUAG